CAGUCACACGAUUACGCAAAUGCGAAACGAUACAACCCAUAAGACACAAACCACGCACUGCACUUUGUUACACAACAUCACAAAUGGGGCGCAGGAAGUCAAAGAGAAAGCCACCUCCAAAGAAAAAGAUGACGGGCAACCUGGACGUCCAGUUCACCUGCCCGUUUUGUAACCACGAGAAAUCCUGCGACGUCAAAAUGGAACGAACCCGCAACACAGGAAUCAUAUCAUGCAGCGUUUGCUUGGAGGAGUUCCAGACUCCAAUUACCUAUCUGUCUGAGCCAGUGGAUGUUUACAGUGAUUGGAUCGAUGCCUGUGAAACGGCAAAUCAAUAGUCGUGUUCCCCCGUGACCUUUGCCCCGAUCCCAACUCAGUUCACUUACAUUUCCCCCCCCCCCCCACUUGUGAGCGGCCCAUUAAAUCCAGCCCUGUUCAGCAAGCACAAUGCAGCAAAAUCUUUCAAAGCCAAUGGAAGCGUACAGGUAUUUGUUUUUACUUGACGUGCUGGUCAGUUAACCUUUUUUUCCCAGUGUGGAUGGAUGAGCACGACACGCUCCUCUGGCUGGGCCAGAGUCAGCAUGUUGUUUGGUCUACGUCGCGGUUCUCUGUGUAAAUGAUUUUUAUAUGUCCGUACUUGUCCCAUUAUGAAACCAUUUUAUUACUUUUAAUUGAUUAGAUCACGACGUUGUCUCUUUUUCUUUCCCAGACUAAAAAGUCUCGUCACCGUACUGGAAUUUCCAUGAGUGUAAAACACAUUAUGUUCAUGUUGUUAUUCUUUGUGUUUGUUAAUGAAGUGAAUAUGACCGUUGUUUUCAGAUUGUUGUAAUUAUUAGACGAUAUAGUGUUACUUUUUUAGCGGUAGCUUUUUAGAUUUUAACCCAGUCUCAAAUGCACUAAAAUUUGUUUUUUUAAUAAUAAUGCUAGUUUAUUUAUUUUCCUUUUUAAAAAUCACAAUCAUGCAAUGUCACUUGUGUGUAUUUCACAUGUAAUGUGUAUUUUUAACCAAUAAGAAAAUCAAAUCAGAACCAUA